AGUUCAUGAGACUUCGUAAACAUUCUUAGUGAGUAGUUUGUUUUAAAGUUUCAACCUUAUAAAAUUGGCUUUCUAAGAGUGUCCUUCCCAACUCCAUUUGAAUCAUGUGCCUAACAUUCCUUUCCAACUUCCUCUAGUGUCUUAGAUUGUCCUGCUGCUUGAUACUGAAGGUUUGUGCAGCAUGGUGGGAAGCAGAGUAUGUAGGGGCACAGGUGCUGUCUUAUGUGGAGUUAAACUAGAACAGGAGCACCAGUUCACAUGUGAAAAUGGCAUUCUGAAAUGAGAAUGGUGGGUAACAGCCAUGUCUGGCUUCAACGGCAGAGCUUUUCUUAAGCUCUGUGACUCUAUGAGUUGGGCUCAAGCUAAUGUUAAACUCUUGAGUUGUGACUACUUUGACUUUGUGUUGCAUUGGAGUAAAGUGUCUCUUUGAAAUCAGUUUCUUUGCUUUCUGUGUUGCAAAUGUCAGUCUUGUAGAUAAUUGUUUAUUGUGGAGCUGAAGAGGUUUGCAUACUUUGUCAUCUUUGACUUCGUUGUGCUAGGAUGACAGUUCUUUGUCCAGUGUUGCAUUACCUGACCUUUUAACAGGCAGUGUGAGUCCUCUCACUGGGCUCUGGAUGCUCUCUUAUGAAUGGUAGUUGUAGCCUUCCUUACAAUUAUUUUUCUUCCUUGCUCCCUCUAUGUAAGUACACAUGUUGAUUCAGAACUAGAGGGAGAUAACUGACAGUCUCUUCCAUCAGCUGUGGGAAAUGAAGGAGCAGAGUAACACAAGCCUCCUGGCUGAAUGGUAUGAUAUCUUGUCAGCUGUACCCUUAGGAGCAGCCAGAUGGUGAUUCAGAGUGUUUCAGAAUUCGGCAGAACAUCCUGUGAUAGCACUUAACUGAGAAUCCGUCUGUCUGGAGCUUGGUGUUAGUAAAACCCUUCAGCAGCAGCUAACUUUUGAGACAGCACUGAAAUUGAGACUGACCUCUUCAUGCAGUUCUUGUUGCUAGUCUCUUUGAUUUUUAGGUUGAUUGGAAAAGAUGCAACUUUGUGCAACUUCAUUUUAUAAUUUCCAACUAGAAAUUGUUCUCCUUUCUAUGGUUUUUGUAAGAAGUCAGACUGUCAGUCACCUAGAUGAGAGCUGCUCUUGCAAUAAGCCAAGUCAAGACUGGAACCUCAUUUUGGGCCAUCUGCAGGUGUAGAAAAUUAACAUUCAGAAGUUAAUAGAAUCAUUUCCAAGUGAUGGAUUCGCAUGACUUACAUCAUAAUGUUUUUAGUUUCCUGUUGGUAUUAGGUAAUUUAGAAGAUAGAAUCCCUUGAACUUCAGUAAAAUGAAAAAGCAACCUGAGAGAGCCUGAGAAUUUCAGUAGUCUUGGCUUCAGAGUAUCAAAUUGCUAUGCCUCAUUUCACCAAAACCUUUUACAUUCUGGUAGGCUUUUGUAUGCCUAUUAUAGUGUGUCUUAAACACUGAACGAGGUUUUAAGGUUUGCUUCCUGAGAUGGAAGUAAUACAUUGCUGCUUUCUUCUUUAAAAAAAAUAAGGCAAGUACUGUACCAAAAAAAAAAAAAAAGGGGGGGGAACUUGAACGGAGUCCUAUAAAUGCAAUGCUUAUGGAAGCUAAUCUCGUGCUGUUCCUGAUCCCAGCUCACUUGCCCCCAAAAAACUGAUUGACACUCCACUUCAAGCAAGGAUUGUGACAAAGCGGAUCCUUAGGUGAGAGUAACACUAGGUUAUAACACUCUCUCUUUGAUGUAAGUGCAGUUUUUUCCUAAGUACUGGCUUAGCACUUCUAAUUGGAAGCAAGUGUUGAGGCAUUUUGUACUACUUAAUCUUGAAUAUCUUCCAUUCCUUGGUUCUGAUCUUUUUUUGACACAGUAAUUUGAUUGUGCCCUGGUACUCAAGAAACACUGACUUCUUCCCAGUCAUUUAAGCAUAUAUUUUUAUAAAGCCUCAAGCUGAGGUUUCAGCUUGUUUUCUACGGUAUCUUUAAGUGAUUUGCUUUUCCAGCUAAACUAAUCUGAAAUUGCCACUAGAUUUGUGGAGUUAUGCUCAUUGCCUAUCUUGCAUUGCCACUUGUGAUUGACUGAGCUAAUUAGGAAGGUUAAAUCAGGAAGAGAACAAGUCAGUUUUUGUAGGUAGGGGUCUUUUAGUGCUGACACAGGAGGAGGACUACAAGAAUAAGCUUUCUGAUGUCAGCUGAAAUUAAACUGACCAAACAAUAUUGACCUUAAGAGUGUUCCAUAAGAAGUUGUGCUGACACAGCAACUUGCUGUCGGCAAAAUGGGAUGUUCUUAUUGUUUUGCUCCAUUUUUGAUUGGAACUCUUCUGAGUUCCCUGCCACUUGUGUGUGCUAAGGCCAGUUAUACCCAUGAGCUGAGUGCCUUAGCUGGACCAGUUGUCGAUCCACACGUGACAGCAGUUUGGGGGAAGAAGGUUUCACUGAAAUGCAUAAUUGAUGUAAACGAAACAAUAACACAAGUUUCUUGGGAGAAGAUAUAUGGUAAAAGUUCACAGACUAUUGCUGUUCAUCACCCUGAAUAUGGAAUAUCUGUUCAAGAAGAAUACCAAGGAAGAGUGGCAUUUAAAAACUACUCACUUACUGAUGCAACAAUCAUCUUAAAAAAUGUAAGCUUUUCUGAUGCAGGAGAAUAUAUUUGCAAGGCAGUUACAUUCCCACUUGGAAAUACACAGUCGUCAACAACCGUAACAGUAUUAGUUGAACCUGUUGUGAGCUUAACAAAAGGACCAAACCCUCUAAUAGAUGGUGCAAAUAGGACAGUAGCAGCCACUUGUACAGCAGCCACUGGAAAACCUGCUGCACAGAUUGACUGGGAAGGAGGCCUUGGUGAAAUGGAAUCCACCUCUACUUUGUUUCCAAAUGAAACAGUGACAGUUGUAAGUCACUAUGUGAUUGUCCCUACACGAUUUGCAAGAGGAAGACACAUAACCUGCGUUGUGAGGCACCCUGCCUUUGAAAAGGAGCUGCGAUACCCUUACGUGUUGGACAUACAGUAUGCCCCAGAAGUUUCAGUAACUGGCUAUGAUGGAAACUGGUUCAUUGGAAGAGGAAAUGUUCAGCUCAAAUGUAAUGCUGAUGCAAAUCCACUACCUAUGGAAUUUAUGUGGACCAGGUUGGAUGGACAAUGGCCUGAAGGAUUGUUGACUGUUAACAAUACUCUGCAGUUCAGCAGCCCUUUGACUUAUAACUACACUGGGACUUACAUCUGUAGGGUGACUAAUGCCCUUGGUCAGAGAAGUGAUCAGAAGACUAUCUACAUAUUAGAUCCUCCUACUACUACCACUCGACUGCCCACGGUUCCCUGGCAUCCUUCGACUGAUGGCACCACAGGUUUAGCAACAGAACCUAGAAUAAUAAAUUUCCCAACAUCAACCUUGCCAACAAAGCAGGACGACACUUGGGGUAUCGUCGUCGGUUGUGUGGUGGGUGGGGUUCUUUUACUGUUACUUCUUGGUACUCUGGUUGGAGCUGUCUACUAUAAGAGAAGAAAGACGUUCCGCGGUGACUACUUUGCUAAGAGCUACAUUCCACCAUCAGAUAUGCAAAAAGAGUCCCAAAUAGAUGUUCUUCAGUCAGAUGAUAUGGGUUCUUACCCUGGCAGUAUAAAAAAAGAAACAAAGCAUCCAAUGAACUUAAUAUCUAAAGAUUAUUUAGAAGACCCUGGAAAACCUGAGUUGAACAAUAUAGACAAUACUAACAGGUACCAGGACCGUUAUGAAAGACCAAUGGAUUACCAUGAAGGUGGAACAUUUGGAAUGGGUUUUAUGCAUGGUGAAUUUUACGAGGAUGAUGACUUUGUUUCUCACUUAGAUGGUGCGGUAAUAUCUCGGAGGGAGUGGUAUGUGUAGUAACCACUGAAAACUAAACAUGUACCUGCAGUUCACUUCAUUGGCUGGUCACUUUCAGAUUGUUUAUACUUAAACAAGAGUAGGAAUAAACUUUUUGAAACUUUUUUUUGAAGGUUUUUAUAUUGUGACUUGACACAAUGGAAAUACUGAAUCUGGGGAAAAUGUAUUUGAGCUGCUUUUUUUUCCCAAUGCUGUACUACUGUUUAAGAUUUGAGUUUAAACGCAGAGUGCUUAUAUUGGUCUAUGUCAGAGUUAAAAAAAAAAGGCUAAAUUAAAGUUGCCAUUCAAUAUUGUUUAAGAAUAAAAAGUGGCUGUCUUGGUUCUCUGUUCUAAAAAUAAGUUUACCCAAGGCAAUGAUCAAAUAUAAUCUUUGGGGGCUUUGAAUUACUCCAACCUAGGUACCAUCCAUGGUAAACUUAAGGCUUCUAUAUAGCAAAUACUUUACCAAUUAAAAUAAGUUGCAGCAGAAUUAAAGCUUUAUUUUCUAGGGUUUUUUCUGCAUAAAAAUGAAUACCUCUUAGCAUUUUAAUGAGCCUUCUUGUAACUAUAUACUUAAAAGUUAAGUCAUUGCACUGAAACUAACUUAUGAACAACAUUUUGAGGAGUAACUGUACACAGGUCAAAGGCUUGUAUUUGAAUAAGAUGAAAAGUUAUUUUUUUAUAGUCAUUGAUUUCUAAAGCUUAUUCUAGUGUCUGUAUAUAUACAUACAGCAAGGUGUUUUGUUAGGCCUGUAAUUGGCAGGAUGUCAAAACUCAUUAAUGCAUUCAAGAUGCUCUUUGCAAGUUCACAGGGUGCAAUUUUUGAGACCUAUUCUGGAGGCUUUGUGGGAAUCUUAUCAUUGAAUUUAAAAGCUGGUUAAUUGGACACAACUAAGGAGAAAACACCCGUGUAGAUUCCGAAGCUGGAGGCUAAUGUGAAUGUGCUUAUUUUCCCAGGUGCCAAAAAGCAUUAGAGUUUCUAUGACCAGAAGUUAAAACAGCGGUUUUACGCUGCUUCCGACUAAGUUACAAUGCCUGCUUUGAAGAGGGUAACCAGAGUUUCAGAUUAUUAGUAGGGAAGUGGACACUUGCACUGCUACUUCAGGUAUUGAAAAUGCACUCUUCAAUGGUGCAACUAAAGAAAUUAAUUAAAUGAAUAAUUAUUAAAUAAAGGAAUUCAGAUGAUUUGUGCAGUCUCUGUACCGCAGUGGAUUUGUUUUCCCUGCAAAUAAUCCGUACUGAUUUCACAAGUUCUUUAAAAUAACAUCGUAUCCAUUAUACGUAGGAAAUCUUGUCUGACAUGUGAAAUAGUUCUACUUUGUCUUAAGCAGAUUCACCCAACUACAUCUGCUGAUUAUGUGAGGAGGAAUGAAACAACUUUAGAUGAAUUGCAGAACAACAAUAAAUUCAUAAGUAGAAUAGUAAAUCUUUUGAAGUGCCAUUUGUAAGUGUUUAGCUUGAGGAAAUUGAAGCUGAUAAGACUAUUAGUAUUUGAAACCUGAAAAGGGAAAAGUCUCUGCUACCGUUGAUGUGAAAUAGGCUGCAUAAUUACAGCUGCUUCAUGAGCAUUGAGGCUGGAAGUUCUUUUCUAUCCUCAUGAUGUUUGGUAGCUUACAGCAUUUAGAGCUUCACAAAAAUAGUCGUAUUGAGCAUUGUAGACAAUACACUGUGAUUGCAUAUGACUGCAUGUUUCUAAAAAAGAUUAAGACAACAGCUUUAUUUGAAGUUCAAAUGGAAAAGCAUCCCUAAACAACUUAAGUUUGGGUUUGGAUUAAUGGAGUGCUGAUACGUGAUUGACCAAAGUCUCAAAAACAAUAGCAAGUGAUAUUGUGGUUAUCUGUAGUUUGAGUGCAAACACAAGAAAAGGAGUGAAAUUUCUAGCAGAGAGUUCUGAUCCAAAUUAUCUCUGGAAUAAAGAGAUCAUACCUCUCUUCAAAUAAAACUUGAUAUGUCAUCUUUAAAAGAUGGUGUUACUUGGAAAUAAACAUAACCAUAAACCAGUUUUCCACAUGGGAUAUCUUGCUUUUGUCUCUGUGGAUUUUUUUGCUUUGAUUUUUAAGAUAUAUAUAUAUAUUUAAUUCCUAUGGGUUGAGAAGUUGAAAUGUUCUGGAGUUGAAGUUAUUGAUAGGGAUAGGGCUUAUGCGCGUUGCAAUGUUUUGUACAUUAUGUCUGCUGUAAAAAGAAUUGAUUGUACGUACAAAUGGCUGUUGUGUGAAUAAACUUUUUCUUACAUUCUGGAACAUAGGUAGUGUUCAAAAA